UAUGUCUUAAGUUUAAUUUCUGCGCAAAUCACUAUACAUAAACACUUUAUAAUUUUCAGCUCACAACAAUCCUAACAAGGGAUUUUGUUUGUAAAGACACGGCCACUUCAAUAAGGGCUUCUGUCUUGGGCCAGCAUUAUUAUAUAUUAAUCAAGAGGCGUACACCGAGUAAAACGUUAAACGACUAAUGUGUCAGAAAAUAAAACAAUUGGGAUUCUAAUACAGAGGCUGCUAUAAAAGAGAGAGGGAUUCUCUAUAAUUCGCAACUCCAGUACUCCAAAGUAUAAACUUGAGGGCGGGGAGAACAGCUCAGAGUCAGACGCCCUUGAGCAUCGCAAACCGUUCAGCGCACAACGCUGGGCCUCGCCGUCUCCUUCCCCUCUUGCCCAUGCGCACAAAGACACUGAGGAAGCGGGCAUGCGCACACAGGCGUGCUGGUUUUUCUGGUAGGCGGCUUGGUAGGAGCAGGCGUAGGGGAGGGCCGCACGGCAUUGUGGGAUAUUGCGGCCCAGGCAGGCUGGUGAAGAAACGAUCGUCCGACGGCGGUUAUUGCGCGCGAGCUAAGCGUUCUUUUCUUGCUUGUCGUCGUUCGACAGGGGACGUCGAGGGACACCACGCAGAGGCCACCCCCCGGUUCCCCAGGGCCUUUGACCCCUCUCCCCUCGAUGUGUUUCUAGUGUCGGAAAAGGAGGCAGCGCGAUGGCUUCAAGCAGCGGCACCGAUGUGAUCCAGGUCACCAACGUCUCCCCGAGCGCCACCUCCGAACAGAUGCGGACCCUUUUCGGCUUCCUGGGCAAAAUCGAGGAACUGCGCCUCUUCCCUCCCGAUGACUCCCCUUUGCCCAUUUCUUCACGUGUGUGUUUUGUAAAAUUCCAAGAACCCGACUCUGCAGUUGUGGCGCAGCAUCUGACAAAUACUGUAUUCGUUGACAGAGCAUUGAUAGUCGUACCAUACGCAGAAGGAGUUAUUCCUGAUGAGACUAAGGCUUUGUCUCUCUUGGCACCAGCUAAUGCUGUGGCAGGUCUUCUGCCAGGGGGUGGACUCCUGCCUACACCCAACCCUCUUUCUCAGAUUGGUGCUGUUCCUUUGGCUGCUUUAGGAGCUCCAACUCUUGACCCAGCCCUGGCCGCUCUUGGGCUUCCUGCAACAAAUCUAAACUCCCAGUCUCUUGCAGCAGACCAGCUAUUAAAGCUUAUGAGCACAGUGGAUCCAAAGCUGAACCAUGUAGCUGCAGGACUUGUUUCACCAAGUCUGAAAACAGAUACCUCCAGUAAAGAAAUAGAAGAAGCCAUGAAACGUGUACGAGAAGCACAGUCUCUUAUUUCUGCUGCCAUAGAACCAGACAAAAAAGAUGACAAGAGAAGGCAUUCAAGAUCAAGAUCACGUUCAAGGAGAAGGAGAACUCCAUCAUCAUCUAGACAUAGCAGACGGUCUAGAAGCCGAUCAAGAAGACGAUCCCAUUCAAAAUCAAGGAGCAGGAGACGAUCUAAAAGUCCUCGGCGGCGAAGAUCUCAUUCCAGAGAACGCACUAGAAGGUCUAGGAGUGCAUCCAAAACCAGAGACAAAAAGAAGGAAGAGAAAGAGAAGAAGCGGUCUAAAACUCCACCAAAGAGUUACAGCACAGCCAGGCGAUCCAGAAGCGCAAGCAGAGAAAGACGGCGCAGAAGAAGCAGGAGUGGCUCCAGAUCCCCUAAAAAACCCAGGUCACCCAAGAGAAAGCUGUCUAGAUCCCCCUCACCAAAAAGACACAAAAAGGAGAAAAAAAAGGAUAAAGACAAAGAGAGAAGCAGGGAUGAACGAGAGAGGUCAACAAGCAAGAAGAAGAAGAGCAAAGACAAAGAGAAGGAUCGGGAGAGAAAGUCAGAGAGUGACAAGGAUGUUAAACAGGUCACAAGAGAUUAUGAUGAAGAAGAACAAGGCUACGAUAGUGAGAAAGAGAAGAAGGAAGAAAAGGCAGCGGAGCCCACUUCCCCCAAACUUAAGGAAUCACCAGCUGAGAAAGGGAGCGGUGAUGCAAGGGAGUCCAAAGUCAAUGGGGAUGAUCAUCAUGAAGAGGAUAUGGAUAUGAGUGAUUAAUAACUGCCCUUGCAAUGAAAACAGUUGACAACAUGCAUCAGUGUCAUUCCUGUGUGAUUCUUUUAUGCUGUACUUGUUUAACCUUUUAUGCUAGAUGUACACAGCUGUUAACUAUAACUGGUUGUAAAGCUCCUGACAUUAAGUAAUUACAUCAGACGUUUGGAGAAAGUGAUAUUUGGGAUUUCCAUUCUCAUUAUUGGCCAAAUUGAAUUGAGCAGCCCAGCAGUUUUUACUUGCUUGGUGUUGCUCUUUUCUUUUUUGAACAGAAAGCUGCAUGAAUCCUUGGCAGGCAUGGACUGUUUGUGUUGUAUGACCUUUUUAGUAAAGCAGCUCACCUACAAUAGUGUUUAUAGAAUUUUAUUGAUUUGUGGUAAUAAAUCAAAAUAGGGAAUGCACUGGCUGCACGUUAACUGUGACAAGAACAUCCUCAUCUACAACGUAUGGUGGAUCUACUAAGGGUCUUAAGUGUAGAUAACUAACAUUAGCUUCAUCUGGAAACAAAUAUUCUGAUAGAGAUAGAAGAUCCUUUUAGCCCUGCGGCUGAAUCUUUUUGUUUUGGAUUUGUUUGGCUUUGACAACGUUGAAAUGCACUAGCCUUUUUUGAUGCCCAAUGUGAGGUGAACCUUUGAGUCUGAAUCCUUCUCAGGUGAUGUGUUUGAUAUUUGACAACUUGAGAUAGUAAUGAAAACCUGUAUUCUACAAAGUGAGAGAGCGUUAACUUUGUGUAGUUUUUCAGAACUUGCAUUUUAUUUCAUUCUUUUUUUGUGAGUAUAAAAGCCCUGUUUAAAAAAAGGGUAGUGCAUUUUAAAAACGGAACUUCAUGAUGGUUUUAAAACAAGUCUACUUGGUAAUGUACUUGAUCUCAAGUUGUAUAAACUAAUAAAUUUGUGUUACAGUCACUGAAGUAGUUACUUUUUGCACAGUGAUUCCAUGUUAUGCAAAGUAGUUGGGCAACCUUUUCUUUUAGUUCCAAAGGUUUUGGAGCAUAUACUUUUGUGCAAGUAAAAACAAAAGUAGGCUACACUCUGUGCCAUGUUGAUGUACAGUUUCUGAAAUUGUUUUACAAGACUUUGAUAAUAAAACCCUUAAAUAUAUACUUGCA